AUGUCCAGGGCAGGCUCGUGGAUCUUAGUGCUCUGUGCGACAUUCCUUGCCGAUGGCCAGGCAACUCCAAUAGCGCUCCUGAAUUUAGAAGAGUUCGACCUGGCUCUCCCCAGCGCUCAGGACGUGUGGGUGGCGAAGUCGGAAGAGUCAUGGAACGCCCAUCUCCAGAGAUCCCGCAAGGUGUCACCUGCCCAGAUGGAAUUCUACUCGGCCUUCUGUCUGCUUCUCCAGGGGACCCAGGUGACCGCUCCUGUGAGUCCGUUUGGGAUGCUCCUGCUGAUAGCCGGGCUUGUAAUCCACAUUGUGACGCUGGAGCGGACCACCAGCGUCAUUGUACCUGGCCUCGCUGCAGACAUCGACCAAGCACCAUGGGUUGCAAGUACGGAAAAGGCGCUUCAGGCGUGCGAGAGGACGUGGAAAAGCCACCCCAAAAGCGUGACGAAUCCGCUCUACUCCAACGAAGAUCCGCUCAUGACCGACUGCGUUCCACUGCUGAUGAUUGCCUAUUACCACACCUGUGCUCCUCGACGGCUCAAGCUUCUCAAGGCAAGUCUGUGCGAUACACUGGGGAACCGGCUUCCUUUCAUGCGAGCUCAGCUGGUACCAAGCGAGAGCGCUCAACGACCUACCGAUCCAUCGGUCCCGGCGGACGGGGUCGCCUCCGACGCUCGCGAGGCUCUUGAGGACCUGUUGAUGCCGCGGACAGAGACGCAAUGGAGCACUCUUUGCCGCGUGGCCAAGUUUGCUGCCGCACAUCUGUUGCUCCGGGCCAAAGUCGGGUUCAAGCACGUUGCGCGUGUGGGACCGCUGGAAAUGGGGUUUCACUAUGUGGUUGCCGGGUUUGAAGGAGCCAUUCUCCUUGCAUUCUGUAUGUCCGCCGCGGGCAAACAGCAACGAUCCGACCCGGACACACGCUUCUUACGGUCGGUGGCGCGCGAGAUCAUGGACGAGAUGGACGACCCGACCUACAAAGGGGGAGGCUUCGCCGCCGUGCCGCUCGGCGCACUGCGCUCCAUGAUGGAAAAUGGUUGGGUUUGGGGUUGUAAGUGGGCGUAA